AUGAGCCUGGAACUAUACUUGGACCUCAUUUCUCCGCCCUGCCGGGCCAUUUAUAUCUUUGCCAAGAUGAACAAUAUCCACUUCAACUACUUUGCCGUGAAUCUGCUGCAAGGUGAGCAGCACAGCAAAGAGUUUGAAGCUAUCAGCAUCCUGAGGAAAGUGCCCGUACUCCGAGAGGGAAGCUUCAUCUUGGCUGAGAGCGUGCCCAUCCUGUUAUACCUGACCCGAAAAUUCAACACCUCCAUCUAUUGGUACCCACCUGAUAUACACAUACAGGCCUCCAUCGAUGAAUACAUGGCCUGGCAGUACGAAGGCAUGCAUAUCAUCAUGGAAAAGAUUCUGUCGUUAAAGCUGCUGAUUCCAAUGAUUACGGGGCAGGACGUGCCGCAGGAGAAGGUGGAUGAUGCACUCAAACAAGUGGAGACCAACACUCAGCUGUUCUGCAACCACUUCCUGAAGGAUAAGCCGUUUCUAGUAGGGAACGUCAUCAGCUUGGCUGAUCUGAUGGCUGCGGUGGAGUUGAUGCAGCCAUCGGGUGCCGACUUUGAUAUCUUCCUUGGCAGACCCAAGCUCCACGAAUGGCUUCUGCGGGUAGAGGAAAUUGUGGGUCACAGACUAUUCCAGGAGGCCCACGAGAAACUGCUAACCAUCAGGAAUUGGGAUGUAUCCAUUUUAGACCCCAGUGUGAGAAAGAAGAUCCUGAUUACUUUGCCCACGGCUUUGCUCACUGUCUUUGUAUCGAUCGUUUCCCACACCUCUACAGUUGAGUACCGCUUUCAGUUCUGGACACCCCGUACUGGGAUAAGUACGGCCAAACCCGAGCUCGUCACUGAAGACACUGCUCUGCUCUCCAAACUGCAGAAGAAAGCAGCCACCCUUCGUCCUGGCCUCGCAAGGCUCCGGGCUGGCUUUUUGCAUCCCGGGGCUCCUUUCCUCCUGCCAAUCAUGGUCUUUACGGUUCCGCGCCUCUGGAAAUUCGUGAUUCUUACUCUGGAACAGAGGAGCGAGAGCAGACCGGACCACAGAGAGGGCAGGGGAGAGGUCGUCAGCCCUCCAAUGGGGCGCCCGCUCGCCCUGCUGGGGCAAAGCCGAGUGCUGAACUCCGAUCGCCCAGCCCUAGGCCCGGCUCCAGCUCUCGCCAUGGUCCUUAACUUGUACCUGAAUCUGUUCUCCUCCUCCUGCCGCUCUCUCUACAUCUUCGCCAAGCUGCACGUCAUCUCCUUCGAGAUGAUACCUGUGGACCUGAUGAAAGGUCAGAGAGCCCCGGAGAAGUUUGUCCAGAUAAGCCCGCUAAAGAAGGUGCCAGUCAUGAAGGAUGAAGACUUCGUCUUGGGAGAAAGCGUGGCCAUCAUGCUUUACCUGUGCCGACGGUUCAAGACCCCAGACCACUGGUACCCGGAUGAUGCCGAGGGCUGUGCACUCGUGGAUGAGUACCUCGCCUGGCAACACCUGAACAUGAAAAAGCAUUGCAAAAAAGUCUUGUGGAUGAAGAUGAUGAUCCCACACUUCUUCAAGCACCACGUGCCCCAUGAGAAACUGGAGGAGGCCAUGACAGAGCUGAGCCACAGCCUGGACCUCCUGAAGAACAAGUUCCUGAAGGACAAGCCCUUCCUGACGGGGGACAGGAUCUCCCUGGCCGAUCUGAUGGCUCUGGAGGACAUGGUACAGGCCAUCAGUGCUGACUACAAUGUCUUUGAGAACCGGCCCUGGCUGAGAGAGUGGCAGGAGAAGGUAGAGUCCAUCUUGGGCCAGGAGCUCUGUGAUGAGGUCCAUGGGCCUAUCCUGAAGCUCAAGGAGGCACCUGCCAUAAGCUCUGAGAUGCUGACUAAAUUCGAUGUAAUGAAGAGUGAGCUGCUGAGCUGAGGGUGAGCUGACUCCCACUUCACGGGCUGGCCACACACUAGACAGCGGUGUGGAGGCAUGAAAAGCAUGGACAAUCCAUCUGGUCUCUCAGUAAAGAAGGAUGAUCUAUUCAGAAAGCAUCCCCCUGAUCUAUUCGCUUAGAAAUCCUGUCCAAAAAAAGGAAAUGAGGCACGACCUGUUUCGGCUGAAGCCACGGGGCUCUGUGUGAUCACUGCUUCCCUUUCUAAAUACUCACAUACCAUCCUUUUAAUAAUGUUCUAGAAUUUUGCCAGAUGGUAGAAGUCAGAGUGGCUGGUCCAGAGUUUGCAAACUCUGUUCUCUUACCUGUUUAGAAAACCAGGACAAUAGGGGCUGCUCUCCAGUCCAUGCAGUAUCUCUCCUAUAAUCAAGAAUCAGAGCUCUCUGACCAUAAUGCAGCCAUCACAUUUGCUACCUCCUUCCACACUGGAGGGCAGGGGGGUGCUUUCUGACUCUCCCUUUUCUUAUCUUGGCCUCACUUCAUGUCUACUUAGGCUUCUUGGGGGCUGUCCUGUCCUAUCCUGUGCUGUCCAAAGAAGUUCCUCAGCCUUCUUCACCAACCACCCAAAUUGGAAUUGUUCCCCUGUACCCCCUCCCCCGUCAUCAGUUACUACCAUCUCAACUACCUAAGCAGCCGUCCCAUCCUUUCUUUGACAUUCCUACUACCCCCCAUGUAACACUGUUAAAGUCCCUUUUGUUUUCAGUUUCCCUUUCUACCCUCAACUUAUUUUGAGUGAAUGAAUCUAUCAUGUACCAUA